AUGUGUCCCCAACCCGAAGAAACACCUGCUACCAACGGCCAUAGCAAUGGCACCAACGGCGCCAAUGGCUCCAAGGAAGGCUUCACUGGUGUUCAGACCAGACAGAACCCUCACCCUACACACAAGAGCCCAUACGCGCCUGUUGGUGACUUUUUGUCAAAUGUCGGUCGAUUCAAGAUUAUCGAGAGCACACUAAGAGAGGGCGAGCAAUUCGCCAACGCCUACUUCGAUCUUGAGGCCAAGAUCAAGAUUGCGAAAGCUCUUGACAACUUCGGUGUUGACUACAUUGAAGUUACCAGCCCUGCUGCCUCUGAGCAGUCAAGAAAGGACUGUGAAGCUCUUUGCAAGCUCGGAUUGAAAGCCAAGAUCCUUACUCACGUACGAUGCCACAUGGACGAUGCCCGAAUCGCUGUCGAGACUGGUGUCGAUGGCCUCGAUGUCGUCAUCGGUACCUCCGCGUACCUCCGCGAGCACAGCCACGGCAAAGACAUGACAUACAUCAAGAACACGGCGCUGGAGGUCAUUGAGUUUGUCAAGAGCAAGGGCAAGGAGAUCCGAUUCAGCUCCGAGGACUCGUUCCGAUCGGACCUCGUUGACCUUCUGUCCAUUUACAGCGCUGUCGACAAGGUUGGCGUCGACCGUGUUGGUAUCGCCGAUACCGUUGGCUGCGCAUCGCCCCGUCAGGUCUACGACCUUGUACGAACUCUCCGUGGUGUCGUUUCUUGCGACAUUGAGACACAUUUCCACAACGACUCUGGCUGCGCCAUUGCGAAUGCUUUCUGUGCGCUAGAGGCAGGUGCCACUCACAUCGAUACCUCGGUACUUGGUAUUGGUGAGCGUAACGGAAUCACCCCUCUUGGUGGUCUAAUGGCUCGCAUGAUUGUUGCGGACCGCGAAUAUGUCACCAGCAAGUACAACAUCAAGGCGCUAAAGGAGGUUGAGGACCUGGUUGCCGAUCUUGUCGAGGUCAACAUCCCAUUCAACAACUACAUCACCGGAUUCUGUGCUUUCACCCACAAGGCUGGUAUUCACGCCAAGGCCAUUCUUAACAACCCUUCCACAUACGAGAUUAUCAACCCUCAGGAUUUCGGCAUGUCCCGAUACGUACACUUCGCCAGCAGGCUCACUGGAUGGAACGCGAUCAAGAGCCGUGCUGAGCAGCUUGGCUUGAAGAUGACUGAUGCACAGUACAAGGAGUGCACUUCCAAGAUCAAGGCCAUUGCAGACAUUCGCAAGAUCGCUCUUGACGACACCGACUCCAUCAUCCGCACCUACCACAACAACCUACACGCCAAGGAGGAGGUGCCUCUCCUACCCGGUAUGACCGAGGAAGAGAAGAAGAAGUUCGCUCAAGCUGAGGCAGAACUGAACGGCGUCCCCGAGAAGCGGGAGCUUGACGCUACCGCAGAUGCACAGGCCGAGGUGCCCGUUGCCAAGAAGAACAAGACUGCUACUGUGGCUUAA